AUGUCGGACCGCAUCUCAAUUGACAUGGCGACGGGGGAGUGUUGCAUGGAGUCGGAAUCGUCGCUGCCGCUCGGGAUCCUCGGGGCGCGGGCGACGCUGCGCGCGGAGACCGGUCCGGGCGGCCCGCGGCAGGUGGCGACCAUCUCCAGCGCGUCGUCCCGGCUGUUCGAGUGGAGGCUGCGCGGCGAGGGGCAGGUCGCCGGCGCGGGGUCCAAGCCGCCGACGCUGUCGACGGACGUCACGCUGCGCGGCGCGCGGGCGCACCUGAAGCUGGCCGCGAAGAAAGCGCUGCCGGGCGGCGACCCCUCUGUGCUCGUGCAGGCCUUCACGGCGGCGCCGAGCGAUCGGCCGGGCGCGAGCUGCUCGACGAGGGGGCUGCACUCGCUCGCGUUUUCGUCCGGCCCGGACCACGGGGGCUGCCCGAAGGUGACGGUGCGGAGAGACCUCCCGGGGGGCCGCUCGCGUCCCGGGACCUCGUGGACGCUCUCGUUGUCGGCGCGGGGCGUCGCCGCGAACUGCAUGCUGCUCCGCGGGCGCGGGGUGGGCGACAACGCCCUCACGGACGACCUGCCGUACUGCGCCAUGACGGUGGCGCGCGGGUCGCCCAGCGGAGGGCCGCAGCUGCGUGUCGACGCAUUCCUGCCCCUGUUCUAG